CACGCUCCGAAUCACUGAUUCGACACAAAAGAUUCAUAAAGCUUCGGAGACGGAGCCUAAUGAAGCAGUGUUUCGAAAUCGGCCAUCACUGGCUGUUCCUUCAGCUCUUCUGUCGCUUUAUUACCAAAUCUUCAACGUUUAUGAUCACAUUUAUGGCUUUUUGUUGUUUAAUUGUAGCUUUUAGGAACUUGGGAAAUUAGGAACUGUUGUAAUUUGAAACCGAAAAUGCCAAAAAAUAUACAUAUGACAUGGACAGUUAAGUUUCUUCUGGUUGUUCUCCUGGAGUCUGGUGUGUUUGUUGCUGAUGCAGUGAAGUCAGAGUCAGUGACUGAGGGAGAAUCAGUCUCUCUGAACUCUAGUCUCACUCAAAUACAGACACAUGAAGAGGUCGAGUGGAAGUUUGGUGACAUUCUCAUAGCUAAAGUGAAGAACAACAAAGAGAGCAAGUUUUUUGGUGAUAAUGCUGCUGGGAGAUUCAGAGACAGACUGAAACUGGAUCAGACUGGAUCUCUGACCAUCAUCAACAGCAGAACCACAGACUCUGGACUUUAUACAGUCUCCAGCAGCAGCAGAGACACGAUCAACACGAUCAAUCUCACUGUCUAUGCUCGUCUGCCUGUUCCUGUCAUCAGCAAUAACUCAUCAUCUUCUUCAUCAUCAUCAUCAUCAUCAUCAUGUUCAUUGGUGUGUUCAGCUGUGAAUGUGAGUCAUGUGACUCUCUCCUGGUUCAAAGGAAACAGUGUAUUCUCCAGCAUCAGAGUGUCUGAUCUCAGCAGCCGGUCUGAUCUUCUUCUCCAUCUGGAGUGUGUGGAUGAUUCCUACAGCUGUGUGCUGAACAAUCCCAUCAGAAACCAGACUCAACACCUCAACAACACUCAACUCUGUCACACAUGUGCUGCAGGUCCUCCAGUCUCUCUGACAGUGCUGAUCUCUGCUGCUGCUGCUGCUGGAUCUCUGUUGAUUGUUGCUGCUGUCGGGAUCUUCUGCAUCUGCAGGAAACACAGAAACACACACAGAGAAGAGACUCGAGCAGAAGAGAUCACUUACGCUGAUCCCACAUUCAACAGAAGAAACAGAAAUAAAUCAAGAGCUACAGAGGAGGAUAAUGUGGAGUACACAAGCGUGCCACACGAGUCCUGAAAAGUGAAGCCAAAGCGUCUCGAUCGCCCCCAGGUGGCUGGAAGCAGUAUAGGUCAUAAACUCCGCCCUCUCCAUGUAUUCCAGUGGGACACGAGACAAACUAAACAUUUAAAUUACACUUCAAAUAUUUUUUUUCCAAAGACAUUUUCUGUCAUAUUAGGCAGUUUUUAUCACGCUGGUAUUAGUUCAAGUCCUAAUUCUUUAAAUCAGUUUAUUUUUAGUUAGUUAUUUGGUGCUAUAAAAACGGGGGUGAGACGUCAUGAUUGACAGCUGAGAUUGACAGCUUCUCUGAGUGAAGCAGUCAUUGAGACGCCAACUGACUUUUCUGGAUCUUCGCGAGGUGACUGGAGCUUUAACUUUAAUUUCUACAUUUCCAUAACUGUUUAUUUCCCACCAAAAUAAUGGGUUGAUAACACAUUGAUAUCGCGGCUCCACUUCGCGCUCACCACUGCGCAGACUCGAGACUCCAGAUGUCAGCGCCAUAUAGACACACUGGCGGCUUCAGUUACUACAAUGUAACAGAGUGGAAGUGUGUCGUCUAUCUUUUUUUACAGUCUAUGGGUGUACACAGGACAGGAGUCUCAAGACGUUGAUCAGAUCUUGAUCAUUUGAAAGAUUUCCCAAUAAGUUUGUACAUAAAUUCCGGCCUGCAUUUUUUAAGUGAUAAUUUUUUAAAGACGCAGGGUUAAGUAAUUAAUGAAAUCACUUUGGCCAAACGAAAAAAAAAAAAAACGUUGUUGUGCUUUUAUUUGUGUUUUGUUUAAAGUUUUUUUUGAAGGAUUUUUGUCAGUUAAAGGAUUAGUUCACUAUAAAAUGAAAAUUAGCCCAAGCUUUACUCACCCUCAAGACAUCCUAGGUGUGUAUGACUUUCUCCUUCUGAUGAACAUAUUCGCAGAAAUAUUAAUAAAUAUCCUGAUGCAUCCGAGCUUUAUAAUGGCAGUGAACGGGAUCAAUGAGUAUGAGCUGAAGAAAGAAUCCAUCCAUCAUGAACAUACUCCACACGGCUCCGGGGGUUAAUAAAGGCCUUCUGAAGCAAAGCGAUGCGUUUGUGUAAGAAAAAUAUCCAUAUUUAGCAAGUUAUGAAGUAAAAUAUCAAGCAUCCCCCAGACCGCCUUCCGUAUUCAAGUUAUGCAGAAAGUGUAAAUUGGUGUCGCGUCAGUUACACUUUUUCCGUAAGUUGAAUAGGGAAGGCGUAGGACGUAGCGUAAGCUUUGUGAACUGCAAGAGUUUUACACUUUCUUCGUAUGUUAAAAAGGGAAGCGGCUUGUGUGGAAGCUACAUAUUUUACUUCAUAACUUGUUAAAUAUGGAUAUUUUUUUACACAAAUGCAUUGCUUCGCUUCAGAAGGUCUUUAACAUCGUAAUUACUGUAAUUACCGUAAAUUAUAAUUUGUAAUUUUCUGAGAGCUCCAACUUCUUCCUGACUGCUGGAGAUUCAUUUUGGGAUUAAUAAUGUUGUGACAGAAAUGCAUAAUUCUGAAUCUGAUGACAUGAACAAAUAAAAUCAUGUGUUUCUUAUCUCGUCAUAACGGUAAUCACGACAUGGCGUGAACAAAACAUGUUUUCAAUAGAUUUGUCAGUCUUGUUUGUCUCUGUUGAAGCACCAACUAAUGUGUUAUUUCACUAACAGCCUCCUUCUUGUCCUUUUCAUAUGCAAUUCUACUCACUGUUUAUUUGAAUUUUACAAAAUUAUUCUGUUAGUCUUGAAAAAUAAAUACAUGUAAACACA